UAAACAAAAAUUUAAAACAAGUAACCAUGCAAACUAACAUUUGAUAGAAACACAGUUUUAUCAAUAAUUUCCUUAUUACAAAAAACCCUGCAGUCAUUGUGAGCACAAUGGACGCAUCUUGGUUCUGCCGCUUAGAAAAAGCAAAGAAAUCCGCAAUAAAACAAGGUAAUUUAAAGAAAGUGCACUAUGCGUUUGAGAAUGGCCAAGAAAUGGUCGAGGAGUAUAAUGAAGACACUAAUUGUCUCACCAGAAGAGCAUGGAAAGUCAAAAAUGAAUUAGGAGCUGCUAGUGAAUGGGAUAUAGAAAUAGGCGAUCCAGAACCAGCAGGGUUGAAGAGUAGUAAUGAAUUUAUAAAGGAAAAUUCUAACCAACCUAUUAUUUCACGACGAAUUACAAAAACAGCACUAGAAUGGCGUAUCCGGAAUCUCCCUUAUCCAGCAGAUGUGUUUUCAGUCACUGCAGACCCAGAUAAUAAAUGCUUGACAGUUCGAACAAGCAAUAAGAAGUAUUUUAAGAAAAUAGUUAUACCAGAGUUAGAAAGAACUGGCUUAUUACCUGAACAAGAAAAUGUUUCAUUUACUCAUAAAUUCAAUACUCUUAUCAUCACUUAUAAAAAACCUGAGAAAUACUUGCAACUUGAGAAAGCUGUUUGGACAAUGGUGAAAAACGUGGAAGCUAAACCAAGUGUAGGAAAUCCUAAUGACUGUCGACAAAGCUAAUUGCAAAAUUACUUCAUGACAUUCCUGCCAAGUGGGCACCUUGUGUACCUUGUGUAACCUCAAAAUUUUGUGGUGAAGCUUGUGCUUAGGUGUUCAAUCAGUGCAUCAAUUAUAUUAUGGCUAUUAUAAUUGUUAAUGAAUAAGAAUUAAUUUGUUAACUGAUCAGACAUUAUUUGUAAGUGUCUAGAAUAUUAUUGCACACGUAAAAUUGAAGUGAUUUAUUGAUCAUAUUUUGUGUAUUAAAUUGUAAAUUGAUUACAAUACAAUACACAAAUAAGUAUGACAGGAAAAA